AUGGCAGAUGCAGCAUCCACAUCAACGCCGGCACCGGCAGCUGCUGCCCCCGCCGAGCCCACCGCGGCUCGUGACAUCUCGCGUGAUGGUGCCAAGAUCGCUGACAUGGAGUACUACGACCUCCUCGGCGUUCGCGGCGACGCCUCGGAUCUCGAUCUGAAAAAGGCCUACCGUAAAGCGGCCAUCAAGAACCACCCGGACAAGGGCGGUGACGAGGAAACGUUCAAGAUGAUCGGCGAGGCCUACCGCGUUCUCAGCGACAACAACCUCCGCGCCGACUACGACAAGUACGGCAAGAAGAAGCCCACCGACGAGGUGGGGCUCAAGGAGGCCACCGACAUGUUCGGCAGCCUCUUUGGUGGCGAGCGCUUCGUCGAUCUCAUUGGAGAGAUCAGCCUGAUCAAAGACUUUGGGAAGGCCUCCGAGAUCAUGAUGACAGAAGAGGAGAAGGAGGAGCUCGAGGCACAAAUGAAGGCCGAACACAAGAAGGCCAACCCCACCGACGCGCCUGCUUCUGUCGACACGGCCAAGACCGACCUGCCCUCGGAAGCAACGACAGCGGGCGACGAGGCUGCGCGCAAAGCUGCCGAGGCGGGUGCUACAUCGGAAGAGAUCGCCGAAGCGAAAAAGAAGGAGGACGCCAAGCAGAAGCAGAAGCUGACCCCAGAGCAAAAGGCCAAGCUGGACGAGCUCGAAAAGGAAAAGGAGGAAAACGAGCGCAAGCGUGUUGAGGAGCUGUCAGAGAAGCUCAAGGAGCGCAUCCGGCCCUUUGUCGAUGCGCGCAAGCCCGGUGACAAGGACGAUCCGCAGACGCAGAUCUUUGAGCGCAAGAUGAAGGAGGAGGCCGAGGAUCUCAAGCUCGAGUCGUUUGGUGUCGAACUGCUCCACGCCAUCGGCAACAUCUACGUCAUGAAGGCAACCACCUGGAUCAAGACCAAGAAGCACAGCAUGCUUGGCUUUGGCGGUUUCAUGAGCCGCAUGAAGGAGCGCGGAGCCGUUGUCAAGGAGACGUGGGGCAUGCUCGGCUCUGCGCUCAACGUCAAGGCGUCGAUGGACGAGCUGGCACGUCGACAGGAGAAGGGCGAGAUACCCGAAGACGAGCUGCGCGCGCUUGAGCAGGACAUGAGCGGAAAGAUGCUGCUCGCCACUUGGAGGGGCACGCGCUUUGAGAUCUCGGGCAUCCUGCGACAGGUGUGCGACAAGGUGCUCAACGAGAAGGGCAUCAACGACAAGGUGCUCUUCAACCGUGCCCAGGCCAUCCUCUUCCUCGGCAUGAUCUACAAGUCGGUGCAGCCCGACGAGGGCGACGACGAGCGCCGAGAGCUUGAGCGACUCGUGGCCGAAGCAGCGGGCAAGAACAAGAAGAAGGGCAAAAAGGACAAGAAGGUCAGUGGGUCGUCCACACCUGCUACUGGCGCUGCUACCUCUGCCUCGAUCUAG